AUGGGUUUUGCAACAACGGGGUAUUCUCAUCCUCGCAGAUUUGGACCUGGAUCACGGUCAUGCCGAGUCUGCAAUAACUCCCAUGAUCUUAUUAGAAAAUAUGGCUUCAAUAUCUGCAGACGUUGUUUCAGGCAGUAUUCAGAUGACAUUGGAUUCAAAAAGCUUGACUGA